CGUAUACGCCGCCACGGGUAAAGGAGUAUAAGGACGGCCUCACCCUCAUGUCAGGCAGAAAUAUCCUUGGACCUCGACCAACACCACCCACCAGAUAUCUCCCUGCUAUACAGUCCUGGCCAUCGACCUAGCUCUAGCCUUCCCUCGUUGUCCGUCGUCGUCGUAUAUUGGCCUCCCUCCUGGCGCUUCUGCCUAGUUGAAACCCUUUGAUUGCCCAUCCAGCCUGCCACAUUCUUCAUUCAUAUUGCCAACCACUACCGAACUCGAAUCCGCCGAGAGGCAACCGGCAUAGCUGCCAACACCAUCGUCUCAACCUCACGAGGACCGCCAGUCGUCUCCGAAUCAACUUGCCCAACGGCAACAUCGCCAUGAGGCUAGGCCCGCUUAUACCUUGCGAGCUCUUUGGCCGUGUGCAGAUCAGUCCUGUACAACGUGUCAUUGAGAUCGACAGUGCUUCAAACACCCGCCGCCCCGUCCCUGUGACGGCCAGCGGGGAUGUCAUCAUCUCUGCGGACGCCUUGGCGACAAUACAGUCGCAGAUGGUCAUCGUCAUUGCGUGCAUGGACGAGGAUGUCCAAGUCAUCGAAGGUGUCUUGUCUGGGAUCCCUCAUGACUGCCUCGUCAUCAUUGUCUCCAACAGCUCCAGAUCUCCUGUCGACAAUUAUGGCGCAGAGGUCGCACUCCUUGAAGAGUUUUGCGCCGUGACACAAAGAGCUGCCAUGAUCAUCCACCAGAAAGACCCUGAGGCCGCCGAGGCAUUCCGUCAGGCGGGGAUGCCUGAGCUGGUGUCAAGCUCUGGCACCAUCCAUCCCGGCAAGGGUGAAGCGAUGAUCAUCGGCAUGGCUCUGGCGGCCCUGACGAAACGCAAGUAUAUCGGUUAUGUUGAUGCCGACAACUUUGUUCCCGGUUCCGUCAACGAGUACUGCAGAGUCUUUGCGGCCGGUCUUUACGCAGCCAAAUCCCCCCGCGCCAUGGUGCGCAUUUCUUGGAACUCAAAGCCAAAGGUGCGAGAUGGCCGGCUGUGCUUCGACAAGCGCGGCCGCAGCUCAAUAGUCGUCAAUGAGUGGUUCAACAAACUCCUCAACGAAUACACAGACGAUCCCAACUCUGAGCUCAUCGUCACCGGCAAUGCUGGUGAACACGCCAUGACGCUUGAGCUUGGCCUGAAGCUUCGUCUCGCUGGUGGCUUCGCCAUUGAGCCCUAUGAGCUUCUCAACAUCCUCGAGCAAUAUGGCAAGUCGACAUCAAAACCCUCCCCGGCGGCAACCAUGCUCCCAGCAAAAGCCGGAGUGCCAAUGACUGCCCAGGCCACCCCGGUCGGGCCCCCUGUCCCAUCGCUCGCGCGCUCUGAUUCAGGCAUUGUCCAGGUCCUGCAGAUCGAGACGCGAAAUCCACACUUCCACGACAGCAGCAAGGGCGAAGGCCAUGUCAGGAGGAUGCAGAUGCAGGGCCUGAAUGUCUUGUACCACUCGCCAUUGACCCCGAAGGCUCUUCGCGCCGAGCUUGCCAAGUUCAUGGAGGACCAGGAAGAUCUGCUGAGUGGCGAACGACCGCCUUGUGCGCAGAUCUACCCGCCAGUCGGCAACCUGGACUUUGGAGUCUUCUUUGAUCUCCUCACAUCCAACUCGACGAGUUUCCGUCAAUUCCUUCCCGAGUCGAUGCCCAUGGAGGCAUCAUUAAUAAGUCGACUUUAAAGUUGCUUGGUGGACAAGUGGCCACUCACGUUUCCUUUUCUCUCUCUGUUUCAACAAUCUCCUCACAAACUCAUUCUUUGGCAGAGGCUUCAAUGCUCCUCUGGCCCUGGCACCCUGGGAUGGUUGCUGUUUGUUGUUGUUUUGAUGCAUAGCAUGGUUGAUGUGGCGCAAACGAGCGAGAGCGGGAGGAUGCGGGCGUGUUUCCGUUCUUUUUGGUGUCGACGUCGAGUAUAUACUCCGCCGGCCUUUUCUUCUCUUCGAAUUCUGUUCUAGACCAGCAUGCAUGGUGUAGCGAUGCACCGUUUUUCCUUGCGGGUGGUUGGCGGGUCUUUUGCUGGUCUUUUUCGCGGGCGGGGCAACUGGCGGCUUGCCGUUUUUUUUUUCGACUUGUUAAAUACUCCAUAAUGUAUCAGGCUUUCGUCAUCAUCAUUACAUUAUAUACUUUUUCUCCCACCAGAAA